AUGUCCACCGUGUGUUUCCUGCAAGCCGCAGCGACGGAUCUCAGCAUGCUCAAAAGGAUCAGAGGAUGUUUGACUCACGAUGGUCCUGUUGUCUGUCUCAAAGAAAGAGCGUUGGAUGUUUUGAAUGAAACCAUCAUGAGUGAUAAACCUAUGAGUUUGUAUGGAAUCGUCGAUGUUGUCAAAGAUCCUGGUUACAAAGCGUCUGUGGAUGUCGAGGAUUUACCUAGAGAUUUGGCUUCGAGGAAUCUUAAAUUGAACGAGAUGAUCUAUGAUAAAGUCGAAGAGUUUUUUGCUUCAAGAUCUCUCAGUCUCAACCUAGGCAACAUCAUUGAAGGUCGUGGCAAGAAGGAUAAGAAAGGUGGAAUGUUGAUGAUGGGAGGAUUGGCGAUGGCUGGAAUGAUGGCUCAGAUGUUCAUGGGGAAGAUAGCUUUCAUGGCGGGAGCGGCGUUGCUUGUAGCCAAGUUGGCACUUCUUCUUUCGACGAUAAUCGGCUUCAAGAAGCUGUCUGGUGGCAGCGGAGGCGGAGGUGAGUCCUCGCACGUGGUUUACGCAACCAGCGGCGGUGACUCCGGAUAUGGGCAUAGCCACGGAGGCGGUGGCGGAGGCGGCGGCGGUGGUUGGCACAGGAGCCUCGCCGGCGACGAGACCCACAACGAUCCCUACAGAGCGCACAAUCCAACCGAAAACUUCACAUUCUAA